GGGGAGCACAGAAGUCGGAUGUUGGGUUGAUGUCCCCGGGUGUUGUGCCACAUUUCAACACAGACGGCGGUGAGGGGUCAAUGUUGUCGGGGUCACUGGUCGGUACCACGUGGGGACGUAAAACCGGCGUUUACAAUGGACAAUGGAUACUUCGCGCGUCAUAUACGUUACGUUGAGACACUUUUAGGGCUAAAUAGUUGUGUCUAUUGAGGUCUAACUGCUUGUGAAAGUAGGCUACUGUUUUGUCAACUCCAGCACACUAGGAAGUGAGGUUAACUUGUAAUGUAGCUAGGCUUGACUGGGGUGUUUUAAAAAAGCUUUCGCACGAACGUCGAAUAAUUUCCUAGUUUCUCUAACUAACUUCAUUUUUGUAUUUUUGUAUUUUUAUCUCAGGGAAUGUAUUUUAUUUUAAACUAAUUGAUUUACUAACGUGGCGUAAUAAAUAGAAGCUGGUGUCAUUUGUAGUUUGAUUGGCGAACUUCGAGAGGUGGUGUAACUGGCUUGGUUUAAAUGUACCAACACGGUAUGUACUAACUAUCUUGGAGCUGUCACAGACAACGGUAGUCGGUCUACUCUGAACUCCCACUAAAAUGUAACAGAAAUACGUGUCUGGAUUGUUUUCACCAGCACGUCGUUGAAUAAACGUAAGCUACAAUAUGAGCAGCGGAAAACCCUCUUUGGUUGAUGGCGAAAUCAACGACAAUGAAAAUGUGGCCGAUUUGGAAAAAAAUAAAAUGAUGUCUGCCGGUGACAGCGAGGAGGUUCGUCUGGAGAACAAUAUACAACUCAACCGGAACGGUCACGAUACAACCAAAACGACAAAACUAUACAAGCGGAGAUGGUUCAUCGUGCUGCUGUUCAGUUCGUAUUCUCUCUGUAACUCUUUCCAAUGGAUCCAGUACGGAAUUAUCAACAACAUUUUCAUGAGGUUCUACGAGGUAGGGUCUUUUACUAUAGAUUGGAUGUCUAUGAUCUACAUGUUGACUUACAUCCCCUUCAUAUUCCCAGUCACCUGGUUACUGGAUAAGAAGGGUCUCCGUGUCAUUGCGCUGGUGGCUACGGCCAUGAAUUGUGCGGGGACUUGGAUCAAGGUGACAAGCGUGAGACCGGAUCUGUUUGCGGUGACCAUGCUCGGACAGUUCUGUUGCUCCCUUGCGCAGGUAUUUAUCCUCGGGAUGCCGUCGAAGAUCGCCUCGGUGUGGUUCGGAUCGGAGGAAGUGUCCACCGCUUGCUCCAUCGGGGUCUUUGGAAACCAGUUGGGUAUAGCCAUUGGGUUCCUGGUCCCUCCCAUCCUGGUGCCUAACGUUGAGGACAUGGAUCAGCUGGCCUAUCACAUCAGUAUCAUGUUCUACAUCACAGCAGGAGUUGCUACCCUGCUCUUCCUACUGGUCGUCAUAGUGUUCCAGGAGCGUCCGGAGCUCCCUCCCACCCAGGCUCAGGCCACAGCUCGCUGCAUCCCUCCUGAACAGUACUCCUACACAGCCUCCAUCCUCAGGCUGCUCCGAAACAAACCCUUCCUCCUCCUCAUCCUCACAUACGGAUUGAACGUGGGCUGUUUCUAUGCUGUUGGCACACUACUGAACCGCAUGAUCAUCGAGCAUUACCCUGGUGAAGAGUUGAAUGCAGGGAGGAUAGGUCUCACCAUCGUUAUCGCUGGCAUGGUGGGGUCGCUGAUCUGUGGCAUCUGGUUGGACAGAACCAAAACAUACAAACAGACUACCCUGGCUGUCUACCUCAUGUCCUUCGUAGGGAUGUUGGUCUACGCCUUCACCCUCAGUCUGGGUCAUCUCUGGGUAGUCUUCCUCACCGCUGGAGCUCUGGGGUUCUUCAUGACAGGCUAUCUUCCCCUGGGCUUUGAGUUUGGUGUGGAGCUAACCUACCCCGAGUGUGAAGGCACCUCUUCAGGUCUGCUCAACUGCUCUGCACAGGUGUUUGGUAUCAUCUUCACUAUCUGCCAGGGGAAGAUAAUAGAUAACUACGGGACGCUGGCAGGAAACAUCUUCCUCUGUGUCUUCCUCUUCAUCGGGUCAGUCCUUACAGGCUUCAUCAAGUCAGACCUGCAGAGACAGAAGGCUAACCAGUUGGCCAAGGCAGCUGAGGACGGACUGCUCUCUGGACAGCAGCAGGGCUAUGGGGCCACGGCUCUAAUCAAGAGACUGGACAGCCCUUCUGAUUCUUCUCAGACUUGAUCACUAACCCCCAUCCCCCCCCUAACGCUUACACUCUUAGCUCGAACCUCAGACGAGCCAAGGUCCCUUCAGAUCCCGAGGACGGGACCCUCCCUGCCUCCGCAGUCCUCGAAGGAACCAGGUUUUAGAGACGGACGAUCUGCUGGAGAGACACACACACACACACACAGUAAAUCACCAGCAUCUCCCACCCUGUGGAAUGUGAAGUUUUAGGGGAGGAGCACAAACAGGAAGUGUUUACGACCACUUCCCUUUAAACACUGUCCAAAAAGACAUCCAAUAUUUAUGCAACAACAAAUAUGAUUUCUGUAUAAUUUCUAGAUGUGCCAUAUCUAAAUCUACAAAAUGUUUACUGUCCAAAAUUAGCACAAAUAAUACUGGCGUUCUACAGUAUACACUGAGUAUGGAAAACAUGAACACCUGCUCUUUCCUUGACAGACUGACCAGGUGAAAGAUAUGAUCCCUUAUUGAUGUCACUUGUUAAAUCCACUUCAAUGAAAGAAGUAAAAAGUGAAAGAAGGAUUCUUCAGCUUUGAGACAAUUGAGACAUGGAAUGUGUAUGUGUGCCAUUCAAAGGUGAAUGGGCAAGACAAAAUAUUUAUGUGCCUUUGAACAGCGUAUGGUAGUAGAUGCCAGGUGUACUGGUUUGUGUCAAGAACUGCAAUGCUGCUGGGUUUUUCCAAGCUCAACAGUGUCCCUGUGUGUAUCAUGAAUGGUCCACCCAAAGGACAUCCAGCCAACUUGACACAACUGUGGGAAGCAUUGGAGUCACCAUGGGCCAGCAUCCCUGUGGAACGCUUUCAACACCUUGUAGAGUCCAUGCCCCGAAGAAUUUGAGGCGUUUCUGAGGGCAAAAAGGGGGGGGGGGGGGUCUAGCCUCAAAGUAUCAUUUAGCUUCUUUUUUUAAGACCAAAACCAAAGUUUUGAGGAUCCAGACACAAUUGUUUUAUUUUAUAUAUUUUUUUACUAACCCCAAUCCUCGUUGUGCAGUACGGGGGCUCUGGGGGGAAAAAAACAACAAAUGUGCCAAAAACAUCCAAAUGCGUCCUUUUAGAAAUCGUUAGACGUUGUACCGAUGAAAUUUUGUCAUUCUGAACUUUUAUCCAAUACAUUUAUAUUUAAUUUUGUAGCGACUGAAGCGUCACUUCUUCGUUCAUUCUAGCAGCAGACUGACUAUACAGAGAAUGGAACAGCUGUAUGGGGGAAAUGGCUUGAGUUGCAAGAAAUGGAAUAUAACGUUUGCGGAUAAAGUUCGGGAAGGACACAAUGUCACGUGUAAAGACCUGCAGCUCUAUACUGAGCGCGUUUUCCAUUUCUAAAAGGACGUUUUUGGAGCGUGUUGAUUGUUUUUUUCAGAGCUUUUCAGAGCCCCCCCUGUACUACACAACGAGGAAGUGAAUUGCAGGUGUGGGUAAUUUUCUCAAAAACAAAUGUAAGAAAAUAGACUUAGUUGUAAAAAGCAUGGAAGCAUUACUAAAACUCAGUUUUCAAUAUGUAGCCAUUGAGGUUGAUUGUUUUUGCUAAUCUUUUUGUCGUUAACCUGUUUUUUAAAAUUUAUUAAUCUUUGAAAGAAUGCACAAAUAUCUCGGAGAAAUGUUUUUACAAAUACUGAUUUGAUUGUAAAAUGAGCAAUUGAUGACGUAAUAAAAAACAGCUGGGAAGGUGCGUUAUGUUGUCGUGUCAACACUAAUAAACGGUAGAGUAUUUUUGUAAGAUAAUUUUAUACUACCUGUAUCUAUAAAGUGAUUUCCCUCCCCCGUCACUUUUCUAGAAACACAGAUUUAUAGUUGUGUAUAACAGUCCAUGUUGUUCUGUAAAUGUCACAUCUAUUUAACAAGCAGGUCUGUUUGUUGAAAUAAAGAAUGGUUUCCUAAAGGUA